AUGGCGGACGCGCUAUCGGUGGACGGCGCGCUGACGACGUCGCUGUUACGUUUGACGUCGGAUCAAACGAAUAAAAGCGUCAAGCUGCACGCGCUGCUCGUGGUGCUCGUGAGCGAUACGGAUGAUGUGACUGGGGAGACGUUCGCAGCGGGGGUGCAAAAGAUUGCGAAGGAGGUGAUCAAACGAGAGGAGUUGGCGGACGAGAUGUACUUGCAGAUUAUUCGGGCGACGCGCUCGGCUGCUUCGGAUCGCGGGCGUCGAAAGGCGUGGGAACUCGUGCGCGUGAUCGCGGCAUUGUUUGCGCCGUCGCGUGAUUUCAUUGGCUUCGUGUCAGAGUACAUAAACGAAGUCGCCGCGCGUGGUUCGAGUGACAUUCAGCCCCUCGCGCGGAGCGCCUUGCAAACGAUGAAGCGAACGAGCAAGAGCGCAAUGCGCCGUCACGAACCAACGGCUGAGGAAAUCAUCGCGUUUGCGCGUGGUGAAAAGCUCAGAGUGGUGAUAACUUUCCUCGACGGCACGUUCGAAGAUUUACCGUACGACAUGUCGACCACGGCGAAGGAAGCUGUCGUUGCGCUCGCCACGUCGAUCAAUCUGCAAAACUACAGCACAUUUUCGUUGUUCACGGUGCGCAAGUUCUUCGGUAAAGUCGCCCCGCUCAUCAAGGAAGGAUUACUUUCGGAAGAACACCAUGAACUAGGCGAUGUCUCGUUUCUCAGCGACGCCCUCGGCGAUAUUCGGGCGAUGAAAACGGAGUCGACGCCGAGCAAGGCGACGUCGAUGCAAACUGGAUUGUUGUUCAAAAAGCGUAUGUUCAGAGAUGCAGAUGAAACCAUCGACGAGACGACCUUCGUGCUUUUGUCGUACGUACAGGCGAAGCACGAUUUUAUGAUGGGUAAUUACCCAAUCUCGCGUGACGACGCGGCGUUGCUCGCGGCAUUGCAAGUGCAGGCGGAGGAGGGCCCGAGACUCGGUGAAGAUCAAGCCGCGCUUGGCCUUGUGUUGGCGAAGUAUCUGCCGCGCACAAUGUGUAAUACGCGCCCCACAAAGGAGUGGACCGAACACAUCGCUGGGCAACACGCCUCGAUACGCGGGUUGAGUGGCGACGAAGCGCGUCAGGCGUUGUUGCGCAUGAUUCGAUCGCUUCCAUACGGCAACUCCGCGUUUUUCCGCGCCAAACGCGUCGACGAUCCAAUCGGUUUGCUUCCUGGCAAGCUCAUGAUUGGAGUCAAUAAGCGAGGCGUGCACUUUUUCCGCGAGACGCCGAUGGAGUACUUAUACACUGCAGAUUUACGGGACAUCAUGCAGUUUGGUUCGGCACCGCACGCCAUCUUUUUUAAGAUGCGCGUCUCGGGUGCGCUCCACGUCUUUCAAUUCGAAACGAGCGACGGGGAGAAUAUUUGCAUGGCGCUUCAAACGCACAUCAACGAUGUGAUGAUGAAGAAAAUGGCGGAUAAGAAGGCGGCGAUGAUGGCGGUGGAAGCGGUGACGCCGAGCAAAAAACCCACGAAACGCGGCGACAUAGAUGCCUCCGACGCGCAGAAAGAAAUCAAAACGCUGAAUGAAAAGUUGGCCAAUAUGAGGAACGAGCGUGCGGAAUUGCGCGCGCAACUGGACCAAGCAAACGAGGCGUUUCACGAAGCGAACGAUCGAUUGGAAAGCGAAAGAGCGAGUAAAGCCGACAUCGUGGAUACCAUUCAGAUGCUCGAGCGACAGCUCAAGGAGUCGAAAGAAGCAGCAAUCGCGAGCGACAACGCGACGACAGACAAGCUCGACGACUUGACCGCGAUUCAGUUGCAAGAGCUACGAGACGAGUUGCAGCAAGUGGUGGUUUUGGAGCAAAAACUCAAACGCGCGGAAGCGGCGCACGCGGAAGAGUUGAAAGAAACGGCGGAGCAAAAUGGUGCCGACAUUAGCGAAUGGCAAAACAAAUUGCACGAAGCGGACUCAAGAGCUGGCGAGCUUGAGGCGGAAAUUAGGGCGCUUCGGCUUGAGUACGAAGAGCAAAAGGCGAUGGUGACGAAGGAGAUGCUCGACGAGCUCGAGCAAUUGCGCGAGAUGAAAAACACGUUUGAGGGACAGCAAGCAACAGCUCGCGAACUCAUGGCGGGCCAGACGCAAAAGAUCAAAGAGUUGGAAGAAAAGUACACUUCCGAGGUGACGCUGCGUCGACGCUACUUCAACAUGCUGGAGGAUCUGAAGGGUAAGAUUCGAGUCUACGCCAGAACGCGUCCGCUGACGGAAAUCGAAACGAGUCAAAAUCAACAAGCUAUACUCGCGACUCCGGAUGAGUUCACGUGUUCGCAUCCUUGGCGAGGAGAAAAGAAGGAUCGCUCGUACGAAUUUGAUGAAGUUUUUCCGGCAAACUCGACGCAAGAACAAGUCUUCGAAGACACCAAGUAUCUCGUUCAAAGCGCCAUGGACGGAUAUAACGUGUGUAUUUUCGCAUACGGACAAACGGGGAGUGGGAAAACGUUCACGAUUUACGGCGACGAUGCGAACCCGGGAUUGACGCCGCGCGCUAUCGCCGAAGUGAUGCGGUGCGUGCAUCGCGACUCAAACAAGUCCUCGGUGAAGAUGGAGUGUUACAUGCUCGAAUUGUACAGGGACGAUUUGAUUGAUUUACUCCUGCCGGUCGGAACGUCUGAUGCGCCUCGCCUGGACAUCAAAAAGGACAAGAAAGGGUGGGUAACGGUGCCUAACGCUACUAUCGUGCCGGUGACGUCUGAAGAUGAGAUCAUCGAGGUCAUUCACACGGGUUUGAAGGUUCGCAAAACCGCCGGGACGAAGAUGAAUGUCGAAUCGAGUCGAUCGCACUUGAUCUUCUCGCUCGUCAUGGAGACGACAGAUUUGCAAACUGGGGCUUUGACGAAAGGAAAACUAUCUUUCGUGGAUUUAGCCGGAAGUGAGCGCGUGAAAAAGUCGGGUGCGGAAGGCGAUACGCUCAAGGAGGCGCAAGCAAUCAACAAAUCGCUUUCCGCGCUCGGCGACGUCAUUUCCGCCUUGGCGUCCGAACAACAGCACAUUCCGUACAGAAAUCACAAGCUGACGAUGCUCAUGAGCGAUUCCCUGGGUGGUAACGCAAAGACGCUGAUGUUUGUGAACGUCUCCCCGACGGACGGUAACGUUGAAGAAACACAAAACUCCUUGACGUACGCCACACGUGUUCGCACCAUUAAGAACGACAACGGUAAGAGCGUGGAGAGUAAGGAAGUACAACAUCUGAAGCAGCAAGUCGCGCAUUGGCGUCAAAAAGCGGGCGAGGUAGAAGAAUCGCACGUUGACAUUGAAGAUGAGCGCGUGGGCUUGGACCAGUUGAGCCUCAACCAGUGAUCGUCUUUGUGUUUUAUAGCCCGUUCCUUGGGGAGCGU